AUGAUAGCCAAUGUAACCAAGGUCCAAGGCUGGAAGGAAACCCCAUGUGGAAAUCCCCUUUGUGGGCCACGUACCCAACAGCGACGGCGAUGCCCUUAUGGAUCGGGGGCUAACCAGUUUCAGCGACUGCGCGCUGAAGCACGCAGAGAGGCUAUUCCUAGACUUCUCAAAGGCGACCCGAAGUAUGGCGUGCCUGUCCUAGAUCCAGUCCUUGUCGAAGAAGUAGUAGUCCGGGAUUCAGGAAUUACAAUCGCUGCUCGGAACUUCACCAUCGAAGGAGCCAAGGAAGCUGUCCUGCAGGACGUGAGAGUUGACUUCGAAAAGCUGACCAUUAGCCUCCAGUUUCAAAUGCCAACACUUACAUUCCGCAGAUCGUACGAGAUAUCUGGAAAGUUGGUAGCCCUGCCUAUAAACGGCAAAGGCAACUUUAACUCAUCUUUCGAUGAUCUCAAAGUAAAAUACGUAACAUACUACAAUUUCACGAAGCACGACGAUGGAAACACAUACCUACAGCCUUAUGACUACGAAAUGUCUUUUGAUACGAAAGUUGCAUCACUAUACUUCGAAAACCUCUUCAAUGGAAACAAAUUGUUGGGUGACGCCAUGAACAACUUCAUUAAGGAGAACUGGCGCAUUGUUUUAGAUCAGAUUGGGUAACAUCGUACACUAAAUUCUCGGACACGUAUCUCAGAAAGUGCCUUACAACGAGCUUUUCUUUGACACCGACUGAGUUUCCCGAAAAGCAAUUAUUUAUUUCACAUUACUUCUCUAAAUACAAGAAUCUACAAACAUUUAGUAUUACUAUUUCUAUGUACUUCAUCCAAAGUUCAACAUCUAAGAACAAAACUACUACUUUUCGGGGCUGUCCCUACUUCCGUCUUCAGGUCAAAAUGCUUAAUGUGUUGGGUCCGAUAGGAAGGUGCUGAUCCCAGACCCUAGACCAGAGAUUUUUACAUGAAGAUGAAAACAGAGAUGGCUCUCGAAGCGUAUUUGAAUACUGAAUGACAGACCACAUUCAAAGAAGCAGCUAUACUGGAUGUAACCCACUAUCGUUAGAAAAAUUUUUAGUUGCAUAAAUAUACGAAGUUAAGUAAAUCAAAAUUGCAAAGAUGUUCUUUAGAUCACAACUGCUUAACCUCAUCGCCUCAAAAUAAAAAAAAUGUUGCCAUUGCUUUCUUACAAUGAUGUACAGAGGGAGUCAAAAGUAUAUUUACAAACUUUGUGUGAGUGUUCCAGGACCAAAAAUAAGAAAUAAUUAUUCCUAUAAACGUGGAGUGUAGAUGUUUAAUUUCCGAUAUAAUAUCCGAAAAUAAAUUUCCAUGUAUGCCUUCAUUGCCAAGUAUAAGGAGUGGGAACAUCAGGGUUUC